GAUGACUGUGUGUUGAUGCCUCAAACAAGAGGGUCAGGACAGAGGGAGUGAGUUUAUUACCGUCCCUUGGUGGAUAUCUCACUUUCCUGGACAUGAUGAGUCCACGACGGAAGGUCACCAGGACUCAUAGUUUGGGCGGAGGAACGUUCAGCUCUCUUGGACAUGAGGAACCCAAAGACUACAUAAAUGAGCUCUCACAUGAGGUGCUCUGCCACAUAUUCCGAUACUUGCCCAUGCAGGACAUAAUGUGCAUGGAGUGUCUGUCGCGGAAGCUGCGGGAGGCGGUAACUCUGUAUUUGCGGGUGGUGAAGGUGGUGGACCUUUGUGCCAGCCGGUGGUGGGAGUACAUGCCCUCAGGUUUCACAGACUCCAGUUUCCUCAUGCUAAUGAAGAAGAUGCCUGAUUUGGAGCAGCUGUAUGGUCUUCAUCCACGUUACCUAGAGAGAAGGAGGGUCAGAGGUUAUGAGGCCUUCAGUAUUCCCGGUGUUUUAGAAGCUCUACAGGCUUGUCCCAACCUUAUAGGUGUGGAGACAUCGCAUUUGGAGCUGGUGGAGGCCGUAUGGAACUACAUGCCUCAGGUUCACAUUUUAGGGAAGUUCAGGAACCGGAAUGGGGCCUUUCCUAUUCCCUCAGAGAACAAACUCACCAUUCCAGCUGCAGCUAAAAUCCAGACCCUCCAUCUUGUUGGUGUCAAUGUGCCAGAAAUCCCCUGUCUGUCCAUGCUCAGGCACCUGUACCUGAAAUGGGUGCGGCUCACUAAACCUCAGCCCUUCAAAGACUUUCUCUGUGUUAACUUGCGCACGUUCGUCAUGAGAAACUGCGCCGGUCCCACUAAUUCUCUUAAGUAUGUGCCUCUGGUCACCGGUUUGGCCUCUGCCCGCAACCUAGAGCAGCUGGAGCUGGUGAGGGUGCCCUUCUUAGGGGGACUGAUUCAGCAUGUGGUGGAGGAUAGUUGGAGGUCAGGGGGUUUUCGUAAUUUGCACACAAUUGUAUUUGGUGCCUGUAAAAAUGCACUUGAAGUGGAUCUGGGUUACCUCAUCAUUACUGCUGCUCGCAGGUUGCAUGAAGUUCGCAUCCAGCCUUCCUUAACCAAAGAUGGGGUUUUCUCCGCGCUGAAGAUGGCUGAACUGGAGUUCCCCCAGUUCGAGACUUUGCACCUUGGAUAUGUUGAUGAGUUUCUGUUGCAAUGUAACAUGAGCCAUUCAGAGCUAGUGAAAUACGGUCUUGCUGAUGUGAUUGAGAAUCCAGGAAUCAUCACAGACAUUGGAAUGAAGGCUGUUAAUGAAGUGUUUACCUCCAUCAAGUAUCUGGUUAUUUAUAACUGCCCACAUCUUCACAACCCACACAACUGGAUCACAGACCACUCUCGCUGGAGUCGGCUGGUGGACCUCACUCUGGUGCGCUGUCAUGCUAUCAAGCUGGAGUCAUUCAGUCAGUUCAUUGAGCUUCUUCCCAGCCUGGAAUUCAUCUCUCUGGACCAGAUGUUUCGUGAACCUCCCAAGGGAUGUGCCCGUGUGGGACUCAGUGCAGGCACUGGUAUUGGUGUAUCGUCUGCUCUCGUCAGUAAUCAGAAUUCCAACAAUGAUAAUGACAACAAUAACAACAACAAUCACCAGAACAAUAACGAUGCAAACAUACCACCAAACAACAACGACAAUCAGGUCGAAAAUGUGCCUCAGCAAAACCACCGUGGCCAGGAAGAAAUUCCAGUUGUGGACGGCAUGGUGGCAGAAAACAUGGAGCCCGAGCCGGUUCUUGUGGCUCCCAAUCCACAGGAGGAGACCCAGAGUUCCAGCCAGACUACAAACCCUUCGCUUGAGCAGGACGAGGAACAAGCAGGGCCUAGUGGCGUUCAGACAUCGGUAAAGAAGCCGUCUGUGGUGGUGUCGGACUCGGACAGUGAGGAUGAGUACAGUCCAGUCAGGACUCCGGCUGCUGCGCGCUCUCAAGGCCAGUACCCGGAGACAGAGGCACAGGGCAAGAGCAGCACCGCUGGGACACCAAAUGGUAAAGGGAAAACUCCGCUGCGCAGACGUGGACCGCAGCCUCAGGAGCUCAGCUGUGAGAAAGGCUGUCAGGUGACCAGCGAGCAGAUCAAGGCCGACAUGAAGGCAGCCACUGAGACGGCUGAGCGCGGGGCCAGAGAUAGAAACAGUGGACCCGCGCCUGCUUCAAACUACUCUGCCGGCAGCUGUGUUUGCUCCAUCCGCUGGAGAGAGGACUCAGCCAAUCAGGACGACCAGGGUGGAGCAGGAGACAUGGUUAGGACCCGAUGCACAUGCAACAGAUCUCGUUCCAGCUCUGAAAACAGGACUCGCAGUGGCCACGGCCUGCCAACAGGGGGCGACAACCAUGGAGCAGAGGAGAUGGAGGACAGACACUCAAACACUUCAGCCAGGACUCAGAGCUCCGUUGAGGGGCAUAACAACAGGACUCCAGGCCACACUUCACAUAGAGGCCCAACAGAUGAGUUCCCUAGAAGACCCAUCACUCGCGCCCGCAGCCGGCUGUCCUCUGUGCCUUUAGUUUGUGAGUCAGAACUGCCCAAAGCAAAGCCUCGGACGGCGGUGAAAAAGAAACGUAUGGCAGAUAAAUCCACCAGUACCAGUGACCCGGUGACUGAAGAUGACCACGUGCAGGUGCUCAGCCUUAAAUCUAAAAACCUGGUGGGAAUUACACUGACAAACUGUGGCAUCACAGACCUGGUCCUGAAGGAAUGUCCCAAGAUGAUGUUUGUCCAUGCAACACGCUGUCGAGUGCUGAAACACUUGGUGGUGGAAAGUGCCCCCAUAGUCAAUCGCUUUGACUACGCACAAUGCAAGAAGCUGGACAUGGAGCAGGUGCUGGACCAGAUCUUGCGGAUGCCUCCAGAGAGAAACCGUAUCAUCUACAUGAGGCCAAUGCAGCAGAUUGACUCUCUGGCUUUGGAGAAAAAGCUUUUCAGUGGUCCGUAUCCAUACCACAUUGCCAUUAUCCACGAGUUCAGCAACCCACCCAAUGUCAGGAACAAGGUGCGCGUUCGUAGCUGGAUGGACACUAUUGCCAACAUUAGCCAAGAACUCAUCAAGUAUGAAUUCUUUCCGGAGGCCACACGGACGGAAGGGGAUGUGAAGAAGUAUCCCAGCUAUCCCUGGGGCAGAGACAUCUACACAUUAGAGGGGGUCGUGGAUGGGGCACCGUAUUCGAUGAUCACUGAUUUCCCAUGGCUUCGCUCUUUACGCACAGCAGAGCCCAACAGUUACGCUCGAUACGACUUCGAGGAUGAUGAAAGCACCACCAUCUAUGCCCCGCGGCGUAAAGGCCAGCUCUCUGCUGACAUCUGCAUGGAGACGAUCGGUGAGGAGAUCUCUGAGCGAAGGCAGACAUGUAAGGGUGUUUUCCAGCGCGUGGUGGUCGUCUUCAUCCACUACUGCGAUGUUCGAGGAGAACCAGUGGAGGAUGACUACAUCUAGAUCUGAAUCGCUGCUCAUUCGUAAGACCUGGAGAUGCCGGAGGAAAAAAGAGAUGUCAGGCUCUGAGAAACAGAGAUGCAGGCAGGCAUUUCCUAAAUCUCAGAGUUGACACCAAACAGAAAGAAAUCGCUUUCAGUUGGCUGUUGGCAUUUUUUUCUGAGUUCAUUCUAGACAAAUGAACGAUAGAGUUAAUGGCAUCAUCAAGCUGCUUUGCUUGUGGUAAGAACAUGAAUGGCAGCACACUUACAGUAAAGAAGAGUGAAAGUUUUAGCAGUUGCUAUAUUUGUGCACAUUGGUAAAAACAUGACAGGAGGCAUAUGAAGUCACUUGUUUGGUUUUUGUUGGAGACCGAAAAAGUAAUUUCUUUUUUUUUUUUCAAAUGCGAACAGAGUUGUUUGGCCACUUACUCUGUGUGUGUCUUCACCAUUAAUGGGUUUUCAGAGACAUUUAGUUUGAGCAUUUUCAUAAUUACUUUUUCUCCUCCUUUUAUAGGUUGGCUUUUCACUAUUAACCACACUGUGAGUCAGUUUAACCCAGAACCUGGUGAAGAGAUUAAAUAUUGCUUUGCCGAUGAAAGGAACGUGGUGAAUAAAUACACCUCAUUUUUCUCCCCGUGGUCUUUAUAGAACUUAAAAAUUGUGGAAUGAAAAAUUGCUGAGAGUAUUUUAUGCACAACCUUUUUUUUUUAAACGUAUUUUCCUCUAAGUUGAACCCACAUUUCUUUUAUUGAACUCCAGUAGAGUAGUUUUAAAUCCAAAGCACGGUGGAUAAAGUUGUCAGGUGUAUCCCUUAUUCAUCUUCAGAUGACUUGACCACAUUCUCUUCUCUCCUCACAAACAUGCUCUCUUCAUACGGUAAAGCAUCUUCAAAAUGAUAACCUACACCAGAGGUUUUUUAGUUUGUUACACCAUUGCAAGUUUCUGAACUGUCUUUCCUUCUCUUUUACCAGUCCUUCACUUCGUUGCUUUACCCGACAAAUUGGAGUAAAAUAAACUGCACAAUGCAUUUUAACUGCCUGCUUGGUGCAGAAUAGCUUUCACUAGAUUGUGUUUGUGAUGAGCGGUAAGGAAAACUAGUCUAAUUUGGAGAGGAUUGCAAGUCCAGGAGCAAUUGUUGCUUAAAUAAACCUUCUACCUGCUCUACUUUGUCUUUUCUGGGUGACCCACUCUGUCAUGUUUAAAAGCCAAGAAACACCAUGGAUUGAAUCUGUAUCUACACCGAGCACUGCAGAAACACAUGUACAAAGUCUCUGUACAGAUAUUCUGUAUUUAAAUGAUCUUCUGAGAUUUGUUUUAUAUGUUUAUAUAAAAGAAUAAAUAUUUCAUUAA